AUGAGUGAUGUCAUAGGCGGCCGUGGCGAGAGUGGUAGUUCUAAGAUGGCGGCCACGACCAAGUGGUAUGUCGGUGAAGAUGGAUGUUUAUCUGUAGGAGAACCAGCCACUGGAGUCACUUACCACCCUACGCUAAAUACAGUAAUUGUGGCCACAAAAGUACACACUUUAAAAGUUUAUGAUGUUACAUCAGGAUGUUUACUAAAAGAAUCUAACUUGUCAGCCACUAACACAAAAUGCAACAAGCUGCGAUGUAUUUAUCUACAAGAAAAAGACCGUAUGAUUAUUUGCGAGGGAACAUCAGUGUGUGCACGCAAAGACCUCAAUGGAGUCCUGCUACUGGACACAGCAUUGCAAACUCCAGUAUCCAAAACAGAAGACCUAGUCAAGGUUGAAUUGCUGUUGGCUGAAGCCAAUCAACUGUUCAAGUCUCUGGCAGCUGCUGAACUUCCAGGCAUUGACUAUGUUGAUGAUGUUCUAAAAGAGCUUGACCGAGGUAUUGAUUCUAUGCAAGAACUCACCAAAGCUAAUCACAAAACUGCUAAGAUUGAAUGCAUAAGCACAUCCACUAGCAAAAAUUUCUUUGCCACAUCCACAAUUAAUGGAAAUGUUGUGAUAUGGAGUAUAGCCCGGCUUUUGAAGGGGGGUCCUGGGGCAAAGUCGUCAAUGACAACAAACUCAGGAUUGCAGAACAACAGCAACAUUGGAGAGAUGAAAAUGUCUGACAGCAGCUCUAGCCUGAGCGAAAUCAGUGAGGCGAUCAACAAAUCACUCAGCAUGGAUAAUUUGGUUAAGCGAACACGCACACUUCCACCAAAUGGACACAUCUUGCAAUGUAUCGAAUUGCCUCGACACCUCCAAUCAGAAAACCUCAAGGUCAGUUCCAUCACCCCAACUACAGAUGGCGCUUACAUUAUUGUUGUACUGUCGCCUGUCAAUAUCUGUGAUAGUUUUUCUGUUGUCAAAGAUAAGAAGAACUUGUCUUCGUCAACAAUCAUGCCAUCAAAUAUUGCUAAUAACACGAAUUUACAGAGCCAAUCUGGUGAAGAAAGUCUGCCAACAUCAGCUAGCAACAACUCUCCACUAUCAAGUGAGGCUCCAAUGGGUGGAAGCAUUGUUGUAUAUAGGCUGAAUUUUGACAGUGAACAUGUACGUGUUGAAGAGACUCCUGUCUCUUCCUGGUCAAUGUCUUCAGUCUCUGACUCUAUAGUUAACGUAACUGUUAUACCAAACGAAUUUAUGGGUCAGUCAGAAGAUGAUGACUCUAGUGCUAUGGAUAAUCAUCAGUCUCGUUCUACUGAGCCUCAUGGACUCUUUGCUACUGUACAUUUCAGUGGACAUAUAAAAAUUUGGGACCUUUCUACUUUGACCAACUUGGUUGAAAUUGAACCAGAUGAAGGUGACAAAUUUACUGCUGUCACUUGUUGUACAGAUGAAGAGUCUCUGUUUUCUGAACAACUAACAACAGAAAAGUUAGUGUCAUUACAUUCACUAACUGAAUUUGAAAACUUGAUGCCAAGAUUCACUGCCACAGUAUCUCCAUGUUGGGCAGAAAUACAACAGGAACAGCAACAAAGGCGACAUCCUCAACAUUUACAGCAACAAGGAGAAGCAACCCAGCAUACGCGUACAUGGAAGCUGCAGCCAGAAAGAUGGCAUAGAAAUGUAAUGAUAGAAUCUAGCGAAUUCCAUGAGAGCCUCCUGACUGCAGUCACUGACCCGGACCAAACUAACAUCCGUACCAGUCAGGAUCACCAUCAGAACCUGGCCCUUGAUAUUCUUUGUUGGAUUGCAGCUGUGCAGAUGAAUGAUCCUUCUCGAAAAUAUGGGCUACAAGGUCAUCCGUUUGAUCCUGACCUGUUUGACAUUUACCCAGCCAAUAGCCUGCGACCAUCUAGUACCUCAUAUACCUAUGCAGCUGCUGCAGCUGCAAACACUAAUGGGCAGAGUUUCCAACCUCCAAACCAACAAGAUGAGAUGGAUUACUAUGAUUUGUUCAAUCAUCUAUCAGAUAAGCACUGUGACAAAUUCCCAUCAGAGUACUUAAGGCACAACAUCCUUGGCCUUCUUGAGGUGGAACCUCUCCACUUCACAUGCCAUGCAACCAGUGAUGGCACUAAAAUGGAACGUCUUGACUCUGGUCCUUCAGGUUCAGGCAACAUUCCAAUCGUCGGCUCUUCAAGUCUUUCUGGCACAGUCAAUUUUGGAGAGAGCCUGUCGAGUGCUGCAACAGGAGCAACAAUGGCAUCUUUGCCCUCCUCUUUGGCCAUGGCAGAACAGCAAGUGCAGCAGCUUGCUACUAAAGUACAACAAUCUAAGAAAGAUGUUGAAUCCAUCAAACAGCUGCUCAGCACAGUGCUGAAAACUGUUAAACCUGGCACAAAUUCUGAACAAGCCUAUAAACAGCAGCCCCCACAAAAUCCCAAAACAACACCCUUGUUUAUGACACCACCUUUGUCUCCCCCCAAUGAAAACUGGUCCACAACAGCUUCACCUUAUUUAUCUACUGGAGCCCCAAAUGACAAUGGACCACUUUUUGUUAAAGUACCAUCUUUAGUUGGUGAUAAAAUUACAACUAUUGGUAGAUAUGGAGGUAGUACAACAAGAUCAAAAAUUCCUGUUGGUUCAUUUUAUGGACACAGCUUCAUUUUCCCCUGGGAAUGGAGUAGUUAUGUUGAACACUAUAUCCCCAAUGGUCACUCAUCUGCAACAGUCGGUACACACAACACUGCUACUACAGCCAGUAACAAUGUAACACAAAAUGGCCAUGAACAGCAGCAGCAGCAACACCACCACCAGGUGAUUUUUUCUCAGUUAGGACUGUUCCUCUCUUUGCUUGAAGACAUUCAGUGCCGCUACAGUCUGACCAAAACUCAGUUAGACACUUUGCUGACAUCCUUAUCAGCCUCACAGUCAGCCAGUGAUCACACUCAAUAUUAUCUUCAAAAAAACCAAAAGAAAUGUGUCGAUGACAAAAUUAUUUGUAUUUACAAUGACUGCCUUCAGCUUCAGCAGCAGCUUAAUCUAUGCCAGCGUGCUAUCGACAGACUACAGCGAGGUCUUGGACUUGGUCUCCCAAAAAAAGGUACUUUCCUACCUAACCGGUGGAGCUUUUUGCAGGGAGAUACAUGUGGCCAACCAAGUAAGAGUAAAGUGAAACAAUCAAUGAAAUCAUAUCGUCGUUGUCUGCAAAAAAGAAUAUUUCACCAUAAGCAAAAGCUCCAGGACUUAGAGCAAGCCAAAAAAAAAUUCUUUGCUUCUCAAGCUGAAAAAUCCUCUCAGGGGUUGGCCACUGAAGCCCAUGCUCUUAUAAAACAACAUGAACAACAGUUCAAGAAAGAGCUUUCCCAGUAUGCAAGCAAGCAUCUGAAAGAUAUUAUGCAAAUUCGGAGGACAGAUGGAGAAUAUUUGCGGAAAAUGGCCAAGGAUGACAGCUACUUGGGUGUUUCAAAGGACUCUGGGGAUGUUGAUGGGGAUAAUAGUUUGAUAUUGCCUCGAGAAAAGUGUCUUCCUGUAGUACGUGGACUCAUCACACUCAUCUUGAGUAUGGAUUCAACUUGCAGUGUGGAUCUUUUUCUUGUGGCCAGUAAGGUUCUUGCCCGUAUUUGUUUAGCUACAAGACCAGCUAUCUCUUUGUCAGAAGCAAUGACUCAGGACCAAUUGCAGCAACUCAUUUUGCUGGCAGCCAACCAAGACUUUAACCAUGGUACUGUUGCCUGGGGAGGUCCUUGGGCAGGCCAUGCCAUCACUUGUCUUCUGCAAGACAUCUUGGAUGGUGAGCGUCUGUAUCCUGGCCACAGUCCUUUAGAAAGUGUUACAGUUGAUGAGAUUAGUGGAACAGUCAGCGACAACAUAGAUAACCUGUCUGCAACCAUGCCAAUGGCAGCAUUAGAUACAAUGGCUGCUGAAGCUAUUGAAGUAGCAGAUGUAGAAUUGGGCCAGUCAAAGGAUUCACUUACCAAAAAUAGUCUGAUGGAUCUUUUAUUUGAAGAAAAUGAGUAUGAUGAUUACACAGCUACAAAGUUCCAGGAAUUUAUGGCAGGUGUCUCCACCAAACCCCCUCCAGGUCUUGAUUGUGAUGAAGGCUCUAUUCAAAUGGUGUGUGUACAACCAGCUGAGGGUAGUAAUACACCAGACACACUUACAUCCAUUUGUGAACACUCUUCUGGAAGCAUUGUCUUACAUGCCAAAUGGAAACCUAUGGCUACAGUCAUUUUGUCCAACCCUAAUUUCAUGAAUGUGCUCAUUCGCUUCCUGUCGAGCUCAACAAACACUGGACCUUCAGCACUCACUCUCAGAUAUCAACAGGUUGGUCCAUCAGCCACAAAAGCUUUCUUCGAGUUCCUGCAGCGGUUGCAAGUGAAGACACCGGAGCAGAUGAACUUGAAGGAAUUGAUUCUGAAGUUGGUAUAUGUAAUGACAGCUGACAGGGGUGCUUUUUACAGCAGCUCUGGUCCUCUUGAUGCCCAAUGUCGUUUCUUGGAUUUUGUACUCUGUCUUACCUAUGAACAUGUAGACAUCAGCAAUGCUAUCAGUGUGGUGGAGUCCAUUAGCUCCUUGGUGCACCAGCACAUCUUAUGUCAAGAGCUUGUUGUGUGCCGCAAGGCUGGAGAUGAUGGUAUCAAUGCUCGUUCAUGCUUUGGUGGUCUUUUUGCAACAUUGCUUCGUGGGGUUGAUACAACUUCCAACACAGGUGAUGCAAGCCGUGACAAUUUCAUGUGCAGCUUGAUGAAGCUUGUCAAUAUUCUUGUCCAGAUUCCCUUGCCAUCUCGAUUUGCUCGAAGCUCCCACUUGGCAGAUUCACCAGAAUCUAGCACUUCAUCUUCCACUUCUCAUCCUCAUCGUGCCCAUACUCUCUCCUCAUCAAUAUCUGCCCCUGUGCCAGAUUCUGCCAAGCUGAGUCAUGUUUUAUCUACACCCACACUUCACCACUUGUCUCGGUCAGAUGAUGAGAAAGAGCAGCAAACAAAUGAAGAGAAAACUAGUGCAGCUGCCAGUGGAACAAAUAGCAAUGCCCCUGGACAUCCUGUUGAUGAUACUACUUACUUAGCAGACAUUAUUGUUGGCCAUCAACAAAUUAUGUCCAACUUGAUCCAUACUCUGAGUUACUGUAGCAGCAAUCCUAUGGCAGCACUUGUUUGCAGUGGAAUCGGUGCUACCUCCACUUGCUGGUAUGAUACUUUUGGUGUUGGAGAUCCACUGUCAGUAGGUGAUGGUGUUUAUCAAAUUUUGGUGACUCUAACCAACAAGUGUUCUGAUGUAAAACUUGUUUUGGAAUCCCUGUUCAUGUACCUCUCUAGCAGCAGCCGGCACUACCCCCAGGGUAGAAGCCUUUGCAGGCUCUCAGAUCCACUUCUUUGGUUUAUACUUAAAGUUCUUAACAACAGUAGUGCUGUCAACAUGUUUUUACAGAUGGGUACCAUCUCAUCAAGUAGUCCAACUGCAACUCCUGCUGAAGUGCUGAUUCAGGCUUCCCCACCUCACAGGCGGGCAAGGUCAGCUGCUUGGUCAUAUCAUUUCUAUCCAGAUGAGACCUGGGUUGACCUUACUAUACAACUACCAUUUGCCAUACUGUUGAAGGAAGUUCAGAUAUCUCCUCACAGUACCUCCUUGUCAAAUACUUGUGUGUCUUACAUGGGCAAAGUGUGUGGUGUAGCCAAUGACUCCACAAUAGAAAUCCUCUACCAACUAGGAACUGUCCAGGAUUCUGGUACAGCAGCUCGUUCUGUGUAUGAAUGGAGUACAGUACUGUCAUUUGACUCUUCCUUGAAACGAGCUGUGGAUAAUGUUCUCUGUUCAAUCUGUUAUAUUUAUCCUGAGUUCUUUACACUAAUUCUUGAGUGGAUGGGUAUCAUGUUGAACCCAGAUAACAGUAUGACUGCUUCUAUCAGUGAUGACUGUAAAGAUAGCUCUCAACAGCACCAUAAUGCCUCUCUAACUGAUGACUCAAAAGAGGCUCAAACCAGCCAACAAGGGGCUGUUGGUAAUGGUAUUCCAGAUUCAUUGAUUACAUUGCAUGAUUUCAGCCAUAUGAUGCUUGACCGGUCUCAUCUAUCCACUUUGGCUAUCACUUGUCAAUCUCCUGGAGCAGUACGUCAACUUCUUGACAGCAAUUUCCCUUCAAUCCUUGCUCAGGGACUAUUUGAGUUCUGUAACCAUGAGAUUGCUUGCUUUGCUGAGAGCUUGACCAAUCCAGAAUCUUUAACUGAUGCUAACAAUAGUAUGAAUGGGGAAAAUGGCUUGUUAGAAAGUCAACAAUACCAAACUGGCUGUGAUAAUUCAUUGAAGAGCUUAGCAGUAACAGCAGAUCUGGUAGCUGCCAUUCUUGGCUUUUUUGCUGAAAUUGCCCGGGAACCUUUGAUCAAGGAUUGGAUGGGUGGCCCUGAGGGCAGCAUUUUUUGGCCAGUUCUACUCACGUUGCUCUGUACUAUCCCAGUACAAGGGUCCAGUACUGCAGCAUCCUCAUCUUCCUCAACCACUUAUAAAUACAAGUUCCCUGUUCUCUCCCUGUACCAUUCUCUCUUACCUGUCAUCUUGCAAGACAAGGGAAUUAUGGACAAUACAGCAGUUUCUGAGAUUGCCCAGGAUCAGUGGGUCUCUGAAUACUCUUCAGACUUGAAUGAGACAUUCUAUGAACCAGUGCCCCCUGCUCCACCAUUAACAUCUCAAUCUGGCAGCACUGUACAUUCAGGACUUCCCACAAUUCCUCCUCACUCCCUAAUAGCAUUUGGCUUGUUUCUUCGGCUGCCUGGCUAUGCAGAUGUUCUGCUCAGGGAACGAAAGAAAGCUCAAUGUUUACUACGUCUCGUUCUUGGAGUCACAGAUGAUGGUGAUGGAGUACCCUUGCUGCUGCCUUUGGACAAGGCUGAAGAUGGAGAGUCUACAGUUUCUGUAUGCACCCUGCUCGAAAAAAUGCGGGGUUGUGUUGAUACCUAUGCAAAUAGACUUAAAUCCAACAAAAAUAAAGGCAACAGUGGUACUACAAAUAAUGGUACAGCUGCAACCACUGCUGUCCCCACAACUACUACAAUUACUAAUUCCAAUAAUGGUGGUACUACAGCAGGCAGUGGCUUGACUACAAGCAAAGAGGAGGAGGAGGAGAAUGAAGGGCUAGCCUUAUUGAUACCAGACAUCCAAGAAACUGCUAGAAUUGUACAAAUGGCUACAGAUUGGCUUAAAGGUUCAAAAGAUACGUACGAGAUGGUGACAGAAGUUGAUGGCUUCCUUAAGUUCACAACCCCUCACCAUUAUGAGUCGAAUGUUCGGGCAUCUGGCUGUAUUAAAAAUCCAUCACGAGCAAGACGCCUAGCACAGGAAGCUGUCACCCUGUCCACUUCACUACCACUCUCGGCCAGCAGCAGUGUAUUUGUCAGAUGUGACGAAGACCGACUGGAUAUCAUGAAGGUUCUGGUAUCUAUACAGUCAUUGAUCUUAGUAUCUGAGCCUUAUUUCAAUGAACCCGGUUAUGAGCGGUCCCGUGGUACUCCUUCGGGGACAGCC